AUGUCAGGAGAAGAUAAGAGAUUUAAGAAAAGAAGCUAUAAUGAGGUUGAUAAUGAUAAUAUGUCAAAAGAAAACAAAAAAAAGCGGAAAAAAAAUGAAUCAAAAGUGAAAAAAAAAGAAUUAUUUAAGAAAUCAAUAUUAAAACCGAAAAAUCCGUUCUACAAGUUUGAAAUAGAAUCGUAUAUUUCAAUUCCUCCUAUUUAUUGUGGAUCGCCUAUGAAGGGUGUUGAAUAUUAUCUUGAUACAAUGAUUUUGAAUUAUCUUCCUAAUAUACAAGGAAUUAUGCUUGCACAUAGGAAUUGUGAGUUUAUAGAUCGAACAGCAAAGAUAUAUUAUGAAAGCCCGUUUGGAUUUUCAUGGAUUCGCUUUGAAAUGUUAGUUUGGCGAGUUAAAAGAGGUGAUUAUUUAGAGGGAAUAAUUAAUUUACAGUCGCCUUCGCAUAUUGGUCUUUUAGUAAGUGGAUUUUUUAAUGCCUCAAUACCGAAAAAUGGAAUUCCAAAGACAUGGUCAUAUCAAGAAAUUAUGUCUCAAAAAGAAGUUGAACAAAAUAAAAAUGGAUAUUGGAUGAAUGAAGACAAGAAAGCAAUUAAGAUUGGAGACAAAUUAUGUUUCUGGACAGUAAAACUUGAAACUAUUGGCGGUAUCGUUAGUAUAGAAGGAACAAUAGAUAUUGAAAAAAUACACAAAUGA